UUCUAAUUCACACAAACCUCUGACGCCUGAGAGUGCAAAAGCCCUUGUCCCACUUAACAAAGAACAUCUAUCAUAUAAAAUCCCAAAUCCCCUUGCCCCACAUUUUAUUAAGUAAAAAAAAGUCAACAUCACACCACCACCAAGGCCUCUGUUCCAUUUAGCUAAAUAAAAAGCCUGAAAGCCCUUGGCCUAUUUUUUCAAUGUUUAACACAGCCGUAAAGAGUUUGUAGAUAUUACUUUCAUUCCCAAGGACCUCUGGGUUCUUCCAGCGAGUCCCCCAGCACAGGGAGGAUUAGUUUAAUUUCACUAUCAUGCAUUCACUUAAAGAUAGCACUAUAAGAAAGAGUGCGAGUGCCAAAUAACUAUUCUCAGAGGUUUGACUCCCCGUGCGCCGACAGUAGCGACAGGCAACAAAAACCCUUCAGAUGGAGAUAAUUUUGACAAGUCCCUAACAGGCUGGGGUCCUUGGCCUUAUAAUGUCUCUCCAUUCACAGCAUUUGCACUUCCUGCUCACUGCGGCUAGGGGGAGGUCUAGGUUUACUGCUCAGCUACAUUCUGCUGCCGUGUUGUCUUGGUUAAUCUCUUUGCUGCAUAGGGCGGAGGGACAGAGGAGGAAGAGGGGAAGCAAAGACACAAGGCUGGCCAAAACACAGCUCACUGCAGUAGAGAGAUUAGAUGUGAGUGUAAUGCUGCAGAGUAUCACUGUGAAAUGUUAGGGUGCUAUUUUGGAGAUGCUGUCAUAAAUUAGGAACACAUACUGGUUUUCACUGUAAGUCUCUGGAGAUAAACAUACAUUAUCAUCAUGGGCCAGCUGUUUUCAUCCGAAGAAGAGCUUUCUGAUGUGAAAGACACAAUUGGUUAUCUCCUCUACAAUGCCAUGGUGGAAGCCGGUGCGGUUCCUAACCUUAGAGUCGUUCACCCUCUCCGCCUCGCCGAUCACGAUGAGAACCUGGACUCCAGGGCCGGCCUCCAGGAACAACUGCAACAGCUGCAGGGCGACAUUGGAAACAGGGCACCCACCUACCUGAGGGAUCUGAUUGGCCGAUUGUCGUCGUUCUCAGAUGAGCCACGUCUGGCUGGCCUGCUUGGAUUAGUGGUGACUAUGGUGAUGGAUAUGGCCUACACGUCAUCAAAACAGUCAUCAGAGGUGAAAGGGAAGUCGGCGGGGUCAUCAUCAGCUCAGCAGAGAGUCUGGGAGCUCCAGGAGGUGAUGGAGGAGUACCUGAAGCGUGUUAGGAUCAACCUGAAUGAUAAAAACAAACUGAUCCAGGACUCCUUCAGACUUGAGGCCCAGCUCAGCCUCACCCUCACCCAGCUGAAGACCUGCCUGUUGGGGGGAGACUGUGACUCCAGAUGUUUGAGGCACUGGGCCAGCGGAGCAGCAUUUCACACCCAAAUGUUGGUUCACCUGGCUGGUCUUGAGCACAAGGCCGAACCCCUUGCGGCAAGGACUGCACUGGAGCAAUACAAGGACAACCUCACACAGAUUAUACCUGCUUACAGGCGUUAUAAGUCUAACACAGUGUGUGUUGUGAAAUGUCGAGGGAGUCUUCCGGCAUCAUGUGACCCCUCCGGCGAGGUGCCGGAGGAGGGAUCCAUGACAGGACUCACUGUGACAGACAGAGAGACAGGAAAGAGUGUGACCAUCCCGCUGUCUGCCAUGGAGGCAGAGACAGGGAGAAAAAGGAGCGUCCCUGGGCCUGAUGUCCCCUCUGCAGCUGUGUCCUCCUCCAUUAACCUGGACCUGAUCACCUCAGAUCAGUACGCUCAGUCAUACCUCGACCAUCUGUUCUCUGAAAAAGGACCGGUGGCAGAAAUGAAGAACUACUUUACUAGGGCCAGUGACAAUCUGAGAACAUUCAGGACUGACCCAGGAUGUACAAAAACGACCGGGGUGAGAAAUGUGAUAGAACAAAGUGAUGGAGUGCAUCUUAAUGACCAGGCAGAGGGUUUAGAUGGAGAACAAACAAGUGAAAGGGGAAAAGGUGAAAAUCAGAAGGCAGAAAGAAGAGGACGAGAAGAGACAGAUGAACGAGAUCAAAGAGAUGAGAGUCUAAAGCUGAGUAUUGUAGAGACACAGCCAGAAGAAAGCCUCAAUCAGAGUCCUCACAGUGCAACAAGUACUUAAAGACAAUGACCAGAUAGAAGCACAAUGUCGGUCCUUUAUUGAAGAGAAACAUUAAGCUAAUCUCACAAACAUGAAGGAUUUUUGCAAUGCUUGAAAUUAUUAGAGAGCUUAAAACAGAUUGAUACACAGAGGUUGGCAUUUAUAAUAAUAUACUGAUAUUAGCUGUUCCAGAUAUGACAGCAAAAAGAAAAAAAAAAGUUCAUCAGACUGUCAGAAAAGUGUAGCCUUUACCUUUCAGCUUACAGUAAAACUAUCCAACUAGACAGUGAGCGUCGACAAUCAUGACAUAAUUAACAGCCUGAGAGUAAAAUGGAGAAAAAAAUGAAAGCUAUUUUUAGCUAAUAUGACCUUUUGAUGUUGGGAUGUCAUUGUGUGAUGACGUCAUUACGAAAUUAUGUAAAACUGUGUCAUUAUGUAUAAUACACAAUGACAGUACUCAAACUGACUGGCCAUCUUGGCGAGAAAUAUUUGAAAUUUAUUAGUUUAGAUGUGUUUGUUUAUUAUCCCAUAUUUUUUAUUUGUGAAAGUAAUAUAAGCACAAUACAUUUUUAAUGAUCAUGUAGGAGUCGCUGGGAUAGAAAAGACCGUGACUUACUUCUCUUGACAGCACCAGUGUUUGUCAUUUAUUCUCUGCUUCACAUCUGAACUGACAACAGAUGCAUGCGUCAUCUCUGUGACCAACUCUUAAAGAUCCCCUCCAGACAUGUAUUAAGAUAUAUAAAAAUACUCUGCUUGGAACAAUAUUGUGUGUCACAAA